AUGGCAGAAGCUCAGACUCACUGGCUUGGAGCAGCCCUGUCUCUCAUCCCUUUAAUUUUCCUCAUCUCUGGGGCCGAAGCAGCUUCAUUUCAGCGAAACCAGCUGCUACAGAAAGAACCAGACCUCAGGCUGGAGAACGUCCAAAGGUUUCCCAGUCCUGAGAUGAUCAGGGCCUUGGAGUACAUAGAAAAGCUCCGACAGCAAGCUCACAAAGAGGAAAGCAGCCCCGACUACAACUCCUACCAAGGCGUCUCCGCUCCCCUUCAGCAGAAAGAAAACGGGGAUGAAAGUUCGAGGGAUUCCCUGAGCGAAGACGAGUGGCUGAGAAUCGUCCUUGAAGCCCUGAGGCAGGCCGAACAUGAGCCCCCGUCUGCACCAAACGAAAACAAGCCCUAUGCCCUGAAUGCGGAGAACUUCCCAGCGGACGCGGCCGAUGACUACGACACUCAGCAGUGGCCGGAGAGAAAGCUCAAGCACGGCCGAUUCCCUCCGCUGUACGAAGACACUUCCCGGGACAACCCCUUCAAGCGCACAAAUGAGAUCGUGGAGGAGCAGUACACCCCCCAAAGCCUUGCCACGCUGGAGUCUGUGUUCCAGGAGCUGGGGAAGCUGGCGGGACCCAACACCAGGAAGCGCGACAGGACCGAGGACGAACACAAGCUUUACGCGGACGAUGACGAUGACAUCUACAAGGCCAACAACAUCGCCUACGAGGACGUGGUUGGGGGGGAAGACUGGAGCCCGGCGGAGGAAAAACUGGAGAGUCAGACCCAGGAGGAGGCGAAGGACAGCAAAGAGCGUGUAGAAAAAACCGAACAAGCCAACGAGGAAACGAAGCGCUCGGGGCAGCUGGGCCUCCAGGAUGAUCCCCGCAAAGAGAGGAAAGACCAGCUCUCCGAGGAUGCCUCCAAAGUCGUCGCCUACCUGAAGAGGCUGGUGAGUGCCGCGGGGGGUGCGAGGGCGCAGAGCGGGCCGAAUGGCGAGAGAGCAGCCAGGCUUUUUGAGAAGCCCCUUGAUUCUCAGUCUAUUUAUCAGCUGAUUGAAAUUUCCAGGAAUUUACAGAUACCCCCUGAAGACUUAAUCGACAUGCUCAGAACAGGAGAGAAGCCAAACGGAUCAGUGGAACCGGAGCCCGACCUUGACCUCCCCGUUGACCUAGAUGACAUCUCAGAGGCUGACUUAGACGGCCCGGAUAUAUUCCAAAAUAAGAUGCUCUCCAAGAAUGGCUACCCCAAAAUACCUGGCCACGCUGGGACGGAGGCCCUGCCCGAUGGACUCACUGUUGAGGACAUUUUGAGCCUUUUAGGGAUGGAGGGUGCUGCAAAUCAAAGGCCCCCGUAUUCGCCCAGUCAGUAUAACCGAGAGAAGGUUCUGCCCAGGCUCCCCUACGGUCCUGGACGAUCGAGAGCAAACCAGCUGUCCAAAGGGGCCUGGAUGCCAGAUGUUGAAAACAGGCCAAUGGCAUAUGAAAACCUGAAUGACAAAGAUCAGGAGUUAGGAGAGUACUUGGCCAGGAUGCUAGUUAAAUACCCUGAGAUCAUGAGCUCGGCCCAGAUGAAGCGAGCUCCCGGCCAGGUCUCGGCCGAAGAGGAGCUACAGGGAGAGGACCAGGCGGAGCAGGCCGUCAAGGAACACGCCAAUCCCGGGGGCCCUCAGGAGACCGACAAGGCGGCCUCGGUGAGCAAAAGGCUCCCCGUGGGGCCCCCGAAGAGUGAGAAUCCUCCAAGCAGACAGUACUUGGAUGAAGACCUGCUGAUGAAAGUGCUGGAGCACCUCAACCAAGAAAAGGCAGAAAAGGGAAGGGAGCACAUUACUAAGAGAGCAAUGGAAAAUAUGUAAGAGGCUUUCAUUAAACGCCCUGCUUUCACUCCUCCUGCCCCAAGAAAACCCCAACAUUUCUCUUUCGUGUGUUGACCUCUAUCCUGUUAACACUGUAAUAUCUUUCAACCACGUGUGGACAGACGUCUCCCUGACGCUGGAGUGUCUGCUUCACUCACGCCGCGUUGUUCUCUUGUGUAUUGAUAGGUGUAAAUGUUAUGAUUUCUGGAUUAAAAAAAGUAAUUAUACCCCUUAUUUAAGAAAGAUACCUAUGAUCGUGUUUAACAGUGUAUCUAAUGGUCGUGGCAUUGUGGAUGCUCCCAUAUGAUAAAGUGUCUUAUAAUUCUCUGGAAAGUUUUUAAUAUUUAUUGAAUUAUUUUGUUAUUGUCUGUAGUGUUUCGUGGAGUACUGAAGCAAAAAAAAAAUAAUAAUAAAACAUUAUAAAUGUAUAGUUUUAUUUA